CUCUCAUCUUUUUUUUUUCCUACUUUUGCUUUAAUUUUUCCUUGUAUUUUUUUCUCAUAUUAUAUCUUUUUAUUUUCUUCAAUCAAUUCGGUCCCAAUUAAUCCAUUUAUAUAUAUACUUACAAUUACAUAUAUAUUCUCUAAAUUCACAUUUUCUUGCAUUGUUAUCAUUUAAUAUUAGUAAUUAUAAUAAAUAUAUAUAAUAUAAUGAAGGAGAAUAGUAAUAUUGGGAGUACUGGUAAUGGAAGAAAACAAGGUGGUAUGUCACCAUGUGCGGCGUGUAAGCUUCUGCGCCGGCGGUGUGCGCAAGAUUGUGUGUUUGCUCCAUAUUUUCCGGCCGACGAACCUCACAAAUUUGCUAGUGUUCAUAAGGUCUUUGGUGCUAGCAAUGUUAACAAAAUGUUACAGGAACUACCAGAGGAGCAGAGAAGUGAUGCAGUGAGCUCAAUGGUAUAUGAAGCAAAUGCAAGAGUGAGAGAUCCUGUGUAUGGAUGUGUUGGAGCCAUAUCAUCCUUACAACAACAGAUUGAUGCUCUUCAAACCCAAUUGGCUAUAGCACAAGCUGAGGUAGUCCACAUGAGAAUGACCCAAUUCUCUCCCACAUCCAAUCAUAAUCACCACCAUAAUAACAAUAAUUAUAAUAAUAAUAAUAAUAAUAAUAAUAAUAAUAAUCCAAUAUCCACCACCACCACCACCCUAAUUAAUACUCAUGAAAAUACUAAUAAACACCAUCAUCAUCAUCAUCAUCAUACCAAGUCCUUUUUUACCAUGGACAUGGCUGUAGUAGAUCAUCACCAUCAUCAUCAACCUAAUAUGGGAGAAUCUUUAUGGUCAUGCUAGCACCACCUGCCUCAUUUAUUUAUAUAUAGCUUUAAUAUUAUUAUGGCUUUAUUAUACUUAAUUAAUUAAUUAAUAUUCCUAAUUAAUUAUCACUUUAGUAUUAUUAUUAUUAUUAUUAUCGACCAUAUAUAUAUGAUCAUGGCCCAUACUUUAUAUAUUGUCUGUCUCUUUUUUACUUUUCUUCUACAUAUCAUAUAAAUUUAGAUUAUCAUGAUGAUGAUCAUCAUCAUAAUGGUUAUUAACCACAUAUUGUAAAUUUCUAGCUUAUAAGUAAACUUGUAAU